GUUGUCUCCGAGUGAUCGACAUGGUCGUGCAAUUGUAUUUGCGAAAAUUUACGUUUUUAGGACGCGCACAAGUUGACGAAACACUUCGCUUUGCCGCAAUCUUCGUAAUGCACUGAUGCAAAUGUAAGGCUCGCUGUAAUGCACGAAGUAAUUAAAAUAAAUAGUUAAUCUCAAUGAUGACGAACAAUGCGAAUCGACGUGCCGGCGGAUCGAAAUAUGUGAGAUAAACAAGUAUGAAAUAGUAAACAUGCCUCAUGGCUGGAGGCAGAAACGACAGCAAGCAAAAUGGAAAUUUAAACAAGACGCACCAAAAGCUGUGCUAUAAUUGCCUUGACUCUUUUGCAAAAUCUGAAUCUUCUCUGAGCGAUGGAUUCAAGGAACAGAAGGGUGCGAAAGAACAUCGCACUAUUGUCAACAGUAUCAGCCAAUUACAAGACACUAUUCUGAGGAACAAGAAUCAAUUUUUAAUCUGUAAAGCAUAUCAACAUCUGCAGGAGGUGAAAGAGUAUGCUGUAGCGGAUACAAGUCCUGCUGUAUCAGAAAUGGCUGAUUCCGGUCUAGAGACAGGUUCGACAAGUCCACAUGAGAAUACAACAUCUGAAAACUCUAGCACGGACUUUGAAUUAGUGCAAGCAGCAGAGUACACCUCUGCCACUGAUGACGAUUCAGAUCGGAUACACGCUGAGCGAGUGCGCAACAAAUGUGGGCAUAAGACACUCUUACUAGAUGAAGAAUCGCUCAAUUGCGAAUCACUUAAUAGUGAAUAUCGUGAGAAGAGCGCAACCCAAUCUGAGUCGAAUAAUUAUAGCACAACAUGUUCAUCCUCGGAAAUAAAAAAUCAGUCUGCAGACACUUCACAGAACGCUGAAGGAGCGAAACUGAACGUCGAAGAGAUCUUCCAGUAUGAAAGUCGAAUGCUGAAUGAACCAUUCUAUGAAUCGGAAUGCGGCAGUGAUGAAAAUGGGUCCUUUGAAUAUAUCGAACCUAUUGCCUCAGCGAGCGGCGAAUGUGAGAAGACUUCCACGGAGUGUAAAUUGGAACAAGAAGUACAACCUGAUGGCGAAAAAUCAGAAAAUGUAACGACCGAAACGCAAUUCGAUCGUUCUCGUUCUGCUGAUGUCAUUAGUUCUCGUGAUAGUUCCUCCACCAGCGGUUAUUAUUUCAUUGAUGCAUCUACAUUGAAUGAUGAGGUGGAUAUUAUGUCCACGAAUGUAACACAAAAUCAGUAUGCUACUAGUGCGCCGCUAUCAUACUUGAUGUUUUCUUCAAAUUAUACGGACUGCACGACGAACAAAUCGAAUAAUACUACCGAAGAUCAAACUUACAAGUUUACGCCGCUUAAGACCCUGACUUUGCAAGGUGGCCACGAACGAGUGGCGGAGUUUGAGCGAGAACUGAAGCUUACCGAAUACCUACAACCAUUUCCAGAAUCGCGUAAAGUAAAACGAGUGGAUUCCACAUCGGAAGAAAAAGUGGAGACGAGCAAGCCGACAGUUAAGGAAUCAUUAGCUGUAGAGAUCAAAGAGACGGAUAGUGGAGAGAGCGCGCAUCCUUCUCCGUGUCCCGACAACAACACAAAGUUGAACAACGAGCGAAGUGAGAAAACGGAUACAUCGCCUAAUAUCAAGACGGGAAAAAACGAAAACGACAAAGACGUGAGUGUUAACGAGGACAGACGAUCGUCCCUUAUAAGAAGAAACACGUUCGAACUGGAUUCUAACGACGAGAAAUUGUCCGUUUUAAGACAAGAGUACGAGCGCCGGCAAGGUAAUCUUAUUUUCCAAAGCUCUAUUCCGCAAUAUUCGGGACAUCGUGUGGACGGAGACUCCAUCCGCCAUGUACUUUCUGAUUCCUCUGUAGUUCCUCCGAUUACUGAACCGUCAAUCACCUUUAUAUCACCUGACGUUCAGGUCGGUUGUGAUUCUCAGCAACCGGCGUCAUAUGUGUUGGACAAUUGCAAAUGUGAGAUCAGUCAAACGCCAACGCAAAAGAGCUGUUUACCAAGCAGUCUCAGCAGAUCUUGUGUCGUUUAUCCCGUGAUCAAAAGUGCCAGUGACAAGACUAUCAUGGAUUACGGCACGGAUUCGGACGAAACGUCCAAUCAUUGCAGCAGUAGUUUGCCAGUCACUCUGGAUUCGAUUUUAGAGAAGGGUAAUCGUACGGAGUCUGUUAAGAGAACCAAACGCGACGAGGCUACUCCGAUUAUCUCCGGUGGUGUUAGCACCUCGGAUUACUUGAAACCCACGGAGAGUAUCAGCUCACCUCACAUGCGACGCAAAAUGGAAUCCACACCGAUUGUAUCGGGUGGUUCGGUAAUGAUGAGUAAGUCCGAGGUCAAGCCGAAGCCGAGAAUGUCUUCGUCCAUGACUGCCUGGGUGGUCGACAUGAGCGAUUGCAAUAAUGAGGAAUCUAAAUCUCGAAGCAGCUCGCGAAGCAUGUCGCAAAGCUUUUCCACUUCUGAAUGCGCUCGCAAGCCUUUGCAAAGGUCGAACAAUCAUGAAAAACACGGUAGUUUAGGAUUUUUCGUUAAUUUGAAGGAGAUGAGCGAUGAGCCCGUCAAACGCAAUUGUCCGGUUGAAAAGAAGGAACGCGACAGCAACGAUAAGUCUUAUUGCGAAUUUUACGUAGAUAUCUCGGACGAGAGUAAUGGUGUUAAAGGCAAAUCGUCUGAGAGACAAGACACGAGCGUUAGGCGUGACACUGGCAACGAAGGUGAGAAGAAGAACAUUUUCUCGAUGUUCAUCGGCUUGAAUGAUACAUGCGAAGGUGGUAGAAAUGUCGCGGCUCCGACGCAUAGACGAAGCUUUUCGACGGUAACUAAUAAACUAACGGAUAUUAAGACGGACGAUAGUGCUUCCAGUAAUAGCAGCGCCCCAGGAGAUAAUCAAUUGCCGCAAGAAGAAAAAAAAGAGAAAACAAAGCCUAGCGUCUUCAUGUUCAUAGAAUCCGAUUCUCCUAUAGUGAGAAGGCGAACUCUGUCUACCUCGCGACCGACAUUCAAACGGCACUCAUGGAACGUAGAUAAAACACAGCUAGCGAGCAGCAGUAACGGUUCCGUGGCAAAAGAACUUAUGUUUAGAAAAGAGCACAAGCGCGCGCAUAGUGUGUCGAUGGAUAAUCGCGAUACCUCAAAAAGAUCCCAGGCGAAAACGAGCUCGACGAGCUCGACGAGUGAGCGGGCGAACUCGCUGAACGACACGGCCAAAGCUGAGGCUUACAAUCAUCAAAAUUUCAAGAUUCUACAGAAAAGUGAGAAUAACUCGAACAAUAUGGACACGUCAUCCGAAGAUGUAUUCGAGUUUGACGUAAGAGACACUCCACCGAAUUCUCACGUGGAAAUAAUCGCAACCGAACUACGCGCCAGCGUAAACCGUUGCGAUUAUGAAGAAAUGAUCUCUGAUCAGAUAGAAAACUUGGAAGCCAAUGAGACAAAAGCGUACGAGGACGAAUUCUCGGAAACGUCCGCUUGGGAAAAGACGUGUACAGAGAGCACGGAAGGACAAACCCGUAAAAGCGAGACAUUCGACAUCAGCAGUGGUAGCGGACCUUCCCCUGACAGCGACAACCACGACGAUUAUGAAUUGACCGACUUGCUGAACGGCCAAGUUUCGGGUGUCAACGAAAGAUCGCAAAAAAUUGCCGCAGGAAACAGCAGUAAGAUAUCGGAAACUCGUAAAUCACUCAGCGAAACUAUCAAGAAGAUUGAGUGUGAGUUAAAGGAACCGGAGUACAAUGAUGCGGAACAGAUGUACGGUUGCCGCUCGUCGAAAAGAGACGGCGGGAAGGUGUCCGGUCGUAAUGUAAAGAGUCUGCAUUUAGACUCUGAUCAACCAAGUUCCACCAGCUUUGUACGUUUAUCGGAUUUAGAUAAAACGCCGAUUGUCGAUCAUGCGUCGGACGUCUUGCCCGUAAGAGAUGACAGAAGCACGUGGAUAAACAGUAGUAUUUCGGAAACAUCGUGGAUCGAGAGCAAGCUAGGACAGGGAACGAUGAGGAGCAGUGGUCCGGUGAGACCAGUAUCCAGGAAGCUCGCCUCUGUUAUGAGCACAUCGCUUCCAGCCAAACAGAAAUCUCCGCUAGAGGACUUCGCCGCUGAUUGCGAAGGAGAGGGGAUUAUCUCCGAAUCUGAUCUCAGUAGCAUGCAAAGCAGUAUGGGACGCUCCGGAGCGGAAGGCAGCACAGAGGAAACUGAAACGUCGAGCAUAAUUGGUGCGAAGCCAUACAACAGACUGGGUGAGGACUUGUUAAGGAUGUUCCUGGAAGAAAUUAAUCCUGAUGUUACGAUAGACGUAGCCGGCCGGCAUAUAAGAGCACAUAAAUGUAUAUUGAGUUCACGUUGCCAAUACUUUGCUGCAAUGUUAAGCGGCGGAUGGAUUGAGAGUGCAGGCAAUGUUAUUUCUCUACCAGGGUAUUCUUAUAAUGCAGUUCAUUUUGCAUUAUGUCAUAUCUAUAGUGGAGAAAGUAAUAUACCUGAUUCUAUAAGCAUCGUUGAAUUGGCGACAUUGGCUGACAUGUUGUGUUUAGAAGGUCUCAAAGAAGUUAUAGGAUACACACUUAAGCUUAAAUAUUGUCACUUGUUUCACAAGCCUUGUCAAAUAUGUGCCGUUGGAGUGUUGGAGUGCAUGCCGUUAGCCGCAGCGUACGGUUUGGAUGAAGUGUAUCGAAAGUCACUUAGAUGGAUUACAAAGCACUUUGUACGAAUAUGGCCUUGCAAAGCAUUUGCGACUCUUCCGAGAGAACUUAUGGAAAAAUGCUAUCAUCAGCAUAUAGUGCAUAUGUCCAUCGACAAUGUACUUCAAACUAUAAUGGAUUGUGAUAAAUUGUUAGCGAUUUUGCCAAAUGUGCGAUGGGCAGAACCAGUAUUCCAGAUGGUAUCCAAUCUAUUAGAGACUUCAGUAAAAUUUCUAUCGGAGAAUUUUGCAAGCGUUUUAGGAAACGAGAAUUUCCAAUCACUUGGUCGCGAGCAAACAUGGAAUAUCAGUCGUUUAGAGGAUAACUUUCUAGUGGCAGCCGAACAGUUAUCACUCGAACAGGCGUGUAAAAGUUAUUCAAAGUUGAAAAUGCUGCUCACGUCGCAGACAGAUGAUCUGCAAGGCAGAAGCAAGUGGGGACCACUGUUCAUUGAUUUCUUGCACAAACUUCAAGGCCGCAUAGAAAAAUGUCUGGUGCGUGACGCGGCGCGUGCCGCAAGAACCACCACAUGGCUAAAAAUGGACUUGGAACUUCGCAGAAGAAUACAAGAGCUAGCUUGCCUUGUGAUUUUGCCUCAUGAGAGUUCGAAGCAUUUGUCGAGACAUUCCAACUUUUUGAAGGAAUCUCGUGCAUCGCCUAAUCAUUCGACGAUGAACCGCAGUUUAGAUCUGAAGCGCGUUAAAAUGGCGAUUUCAGAGCACAAUGAUAAAACCUUAAAGCAGGUAUCAUCAUCCUCUAAGCAACCGAAGAAAGUUUUGUGUAAACCAAAGACAGAUCCGCUGGAGCGUAAAAUGCAAGAAGAUAAGCAAGCAACAUCUGAAACUGUCAGGCCGAAAUCAUGGCCCAAUAAGAUAGAAGUAAAAUCCAGAUAUUUGGAACCAAGGAACAAACCUAUUAUAAAGGAGAGUGUGUCCAUCGUGCGCCAUGAUAAGAUUAACGUGCAACAACGGCGCAAGAUCACGAUUUCUUCGUCUGACUCAUCGCGCACUUCCAGCCCGGCGAUGAAACGCGCGACAGAUAAGAAGCCGCUGUCCAAAAUAAAGUUACCGGUCAGAAAAGAUAUAAAAGCUCUGUCAUCGGACAGUUUAACGGAGGCAAAUGCAGCUCGAACCGGCAAUAAGAAGGACUUGACUAGCAAGAGUUGCGGUAUCACAAGGCCUGAAUCGCCUUCUUUCAAACGGAAGAACGCUGAGAUAGGUUUAUCGAUCGAUUCUUUGGAGACCAAGAGUAAGCCGGUCACUGCCAAAAAGAAGGCUAAUAAAAUGGAUACAUCCAUGUCCACUGAUAGUCUCAUGACGGAGAUAACGGCAACCCCAAAGUCCAAUGCGUCUAACAAACUAUCGCCCAUUUUAACAAAAACCACGAACAAAACACAGAUUUAUGACAGGACGAAAAAGAGUUCGCCACCAACACAGCAGAGGAGUCCAUUAACAGUUACCAGGAGGCCUUUGCGAUCAUUGGAAAGUUCCACCGCUGCCAGUCGCAGUAGAGCUGCUGCUAUCAGCAGUACGUAUCAAGGUUCGCCGAGUUUACGUAGAAGCUUACUGGAUGCUGCGAAAACGCCGGACAUCUCCAGCAAACCGACGAGCACAAUAACUCCCAUCAGGAUGCGACAAGUCGCGCAAACAAAUUGUCCUCCCAACAUGAGAAGAGAGAGGAAGGAGACGCAAAACUCGCAGAGCUCCGACAGUCCCAGCAAGAAAUCCUCCCCGAAAUCCGGCGCUGCGAAUAAGUCAAACAAGUCGAUGAUCACUGGUAAGCGAAUUGGUAAGGUCGACGAUAAGAUUAAAAAGUGCCAUAAUGGGGAGACACAGAAGCAACCUACGGUAGGUUCGAGAUCUGGCACAUUCCUCAAAGACGAACCUACGAUACUUAAGAAGGUAGAUAUUAAAUCAUCACAAAUUAAUACUUAAUGCACUUUUGAUGACUGGAUAAUUUUAUUGAAAGAAUACGCAUUGUCGACGUGAUAUUUCCUUUUAUGUAUUCAUGAUAUUACAUAUUUAUCAGCAUUAGAAAAGAUUCUAUUGUUGAUAUCUCUUUUAUUUUAUUGAAACAUUGUUAGAAAUGUUAUUAAAUAUAUGAUUAUUUACAAAACAUUUGACCAAAAGUUGAUCUGAUUAUGUAAUAAUAUAAUAAAAUAUAGAAUAUUUUUAUUUCUCAAUAUAGAAUUUUCUGUAAAUCAGAAUAGUUGUUUAUUUAUAUUUUUGUUGCUUGUUUUGCUCUAUACAGCUCGUAUCAGAGUGUAGUGUCUCCAACUUUUACUGCAGAAAUCAAUUGUUUUUGUAAAGGAGAAAACUGCUCUCGACAAAUUUAGAAUAAAAAAAGUUUGAUAUUGUUAUUCAUGUUGCUUUAGUAAAACAUUUCUUUAUAUACGUUUACUUUAUAUACUUUAUAUACGUUUAAAUGUGAUAUGAUCUGAGAUAUUAUUAUUGCUAUAUAUUAUCUUAUCAUGGAUAUUUUAUAAUUUGUAUUUAUUAAUUUUGAAUAAUUUUAUUUAUAUUUCUAUUGGAUUUGCUACGUCGACAAUGCGUCAGGUAUGCGUAUCUUAAUAAGUUUUAUUUGACGAAGAACUAUCGCUGGCAAUUGCGAACGUGAUAAUUCCAAUUGAGGAAUCGUAUUAUGUGUAAAAUAGAGAAAUAUAAUUUUAAUUUAAGGAAGCUUGAGAGAUUAUCGUUAAGAAAAACACGCUCGAGCGGCAUUUAUUAGUUAAAUAGGAACUGUGCUAUGACUCUCUUAUGACGCUAAAAAGACGGUCAUCUCUAAAUGACAAAACAAUUUUUAAACUUUAGAUAAACGAUUUCUUUGAUAUUUUCUGCUCUUCUAACAACACGAUAACGCGGAUCAUAAUCUCAGUGAAAUAAAAUAUACAGGUUGGUCUCUGGAAAAAAUGUAUCAAGUCUUUGUUCUUCUCAUAAUACACGUUCCAUUUUUGCAGAAUAUUAAUUUUUAUUUCGUCAUUCAUAAUUUUUUUCUCAGAAUCCGCAAACUUCUGAACUUUCAAACUCUUGCAAGCUAAUUUAUUUAAAUUCUGUGAUUCUCAAAAUUUUUAAGUAUGACUCUAUAUAGAAUCAUAUAUUUCUCAAUUAUCAGAUAAUUAGAUAUUCUUUAAAUUUUCAGAGAACAAUUUAUUCCAGAACAAAGACUUGUAAUCAAGUUACAUUUUUCUUGGAUUAUUCUGUGUAUUGCACAAUUAGAAUAUAAGUGAAGAAAUAUGAUAAUUGUAUAUUGAUUAUGAAUGGAUUAUGUCUUUAAAUGAGCAAAAUCUUGACUACAUGUAUGCAUUAAAGUCUCGUAGUACUGCACAUGCAGCAUCUUAUAAUCUAUAGAUAAAAAACGUGGCCAGUUAUGCAAUUUAUUUAGAUAGCUCUUCCAUUCUACCACGUAAAUGCGCCAUAUCAUUCAGAAUUAUUUUAUAAUAUUCCAAAUAUCAGUUUCACUAGACGUUUAAUUAUUACUAAUUGACAUUGCCAUCUUAUAAACUAAUUCCGAUUGUAAGCAGGAAAAUUACAUCCUCUUCGCUCGUAGUUAUUUAUCAAUGAAUCGUUCGUAAUGUAUUUAUUUAUUAAACUUAUAUCUAAUUUUGCAAAUGUAAAUUUUUAUGCAAUAUUUGUA